AUCACCCAUAUUGCUGGUAGUGGCGGAGAUUAGACUGUAUUUUUGAGAGGUUAGCUGGAGCUUCUUCUUUUUUCUUUUACAUGUUUUAAUCUGAGUUUACCACUCUGCAUCUUAGACUAAAGACUUUUGGUCUAGGGGUGGAGUGGAGAAAGUGAAGAAAGGGGAGCAUUUCCACGGAAAUAAACGGAUCUUUGGCCAUAAGUUGCGAGCAGAUUUGGGGUGGGAAAGGAGAAAUGGCCACUCAGGUGGAGACUCUCCUACCAAACAAUCCUCUUCUGAAGAAGGAGGAGCAGGAACAUACAAGCGCGAUGAAACACGGAGACGACCGCCUGGAGAAGGAGGUGAAGCAGACGGCGGCCGCGAACGAGGGAAGCUGUGAAAACAGGCAACAGGGAGGUUUUACUGUGAAGGAGCAAAACCUAAAACAGGCGAAGGAGGAAAGUAACCAUGAAGAAAAGCAGAAUCUGGAUCAGGAGAUCUCUGACAUCAGGAGCGCUGGUGGGCAAACCGAGGAAGGUGUGAAACGGAGUAAAAAUGAGUUUACUGAAGCCCCUCCGCCCAAGGUGAACCCGUGGACUAAGAAACCGAAUAUGGUGACCGUGGUCAGUGUGAACGGACAAACUCACAACGAGCAAACAGGACAAGCCAAAGUGGUGAGAGCAGGGAAUCCCAGAGCCAAGAGGGGAGGGAAGGUGGGCGAUUUUGGAGAUGCGAGCAACUGGCCAACCCCUGGAGAGAUCGCCACGAAGGAGGUCCAGUCCUCUAGGAAGGCGACAGGCAGGAGAGAAAAGCGUGAGAGUGAAGAGAGCAAGGAAAACCAGAAGGCCAAGUCUGACGAUUCUGGAGAGGAGAAGAAUGGAGAUGAGGACACUCAGAAAAACGGACAAAGAAAGAAAGGAAAUAAACACAAGUGGCUUCCACUGGUGAUUGAGAUGAAGGCUGAGGGUCCUCGGGAACGCUCUGCCUCCAGGAAUAACGAGGCUCCCAGAAUACCCCACAACACUCGGAACGAGCUCCGAGACUGGCCCAGUGGGAAGAGCGAGCGUGACUUCAGAGAUGAUCACGAUGAGGUGUCCAGUGUGAAAAGUGAGGGUGCUCCCUUCCGAGGAGGCUUCCGAGGGCGAGGGCGUGGCCGUGGGCGGGGCAGAGGCAGAGGCAGAGGCGGCAGCAGAGGUCACUAUGACUACCCAUACAGCUACAAGGCCUUUGAUGGGAAAGACGGUGUGUAUGGGCAGAAGUUUAACAGUGCAGUGACCUACUACUAUGACAGUGUCAGCAGCACUGAGCUGUACUCUGUGGACCAGGAUCUGCUGAAGGACUACAUCAAGAGGCAAAUUGAAUACUACUUCAGCGUGGACAACCUGGAGAGGGACUUCUUCCUGCGGAGGAAGAUGGAUCAGGAGGGCUUCCUUCCUCUCGCACUCAUUGCUAGUUUCCACAGAGUCCAGGCGCUGACUACGGACAUGAGCCUCAUCUUGGCGGCUUUACAGGACAGCAAGGAAGUAGAGAUCAUCAAUAUGAAAAUUCGCAGAAAGGAGGAACCAGAGAAGUGGCCCCUGCCUGGAUUUUUGGUUCCUGAACAUUCCCAGACGGAUUUCACUCAACUCCUCAACUGCCCAGAGUUUGUUCCCAGGCAGACGGUGGAGAAGCAGGCAGGCUGUCUGAGAGCCUCCACCCCAGUGCAGGCCAAACAGGAGGAUGGGGGGAACCUGAAGACUAUGCCCAAAGGGUUGUCUGCCAGUCUGCCGGACCUGGACUCUGAGUCCUGGAUCGAAGUGAAGAAGAGACCUCGUCCAUCCCCCGCCAGGCCCAAGAAGCUGGAGGAAGUGCGCCCCCUGCUGGGCCCUAUGCCGCAAGAUGAGCAGGACGAGCCAGAAGAGCUGGACUUCAUGUUCGACGAGGAGAUGGAGCAAAUGGAUGGCCGAAGGAACACCUUCACCGACUGGUCAGACGAGGACUCUGACGGCGAAAUCGAUGACCACGAUGUCAACAAGAUCCUGAUUGUUACCCAAACACCACCCUAUCUACGCAAGCACCCGGGCGGAGAUCGUACUGGGAACCAUAUCUCUCGGUCCAAGCUCACCAGUGAGCUGGUGAAGGUCAUCAAUGAUGGCUUGUAUUACUACGAGCAGGACCUGUGGCACGACGCGUAUGAGCCAGAGUAUGCCACCAUUAAGCAAGAGGUGGAGAACUUUAAGAAGGUUCAUCUGAUUAGCCGUGAGCAGUUUGACUGUCUGACCCCAGAGCCCCCAGUGGACCCCAAUCAGGAAGUGCCUCCUGGACCCCCCCGCCCACAACAUGUCCCUACAGAUGCUUUGGCUAACAAGCUGUUUGGGGCGCCGGAGCCAUCUGUGAUGGCGCGCUCCCUACCUACCACGGUCCCUGACUCGCCCAACUACCGCAACAGCCGCACGCCGCGCACGCCACGCACCCCGCGGCUGAAGGACCCCACACAGACGCCUCGCUUCUACCCUGUUGUCAAAGAAGGCCGAGCUGUUGAUGCCAAGACGCCACGUAAGAGGAAAACGCGGCACAGUUCCAACCCGCCGAUGGAGUGCCAUGUGGGCUGGGUGAUGGACUCCAGAGAGCACCGCUCCCGCACCGCAUCUGUCAGUUCAAAUGCCAGUCCGUCUGAAGGUGCCUCUGCACUGGGUACCUACGGUUGCACACCACAGUCUCUGCCUAAGUUCCAGCACCCCUCCCAUGAGCUGCUCAAGGAGAAUGGUUUCACCCAGCACGUUUACCACAAGUACCGUCGACGGUGUCUAAAUGAGCGCAAGCGUCUGGGUAUAGGCCAGUCUCAGGAGAUGAACACACUCUUUCGUUUCUGGUCCUUUUUCCUGCGUGAUCAUUUCAACAGGAAGAUGUAUGAGGAAUUCAGACAGCUGGGCGUUGAGGAUGGAAAGGAAGGAUACAGGUACGGUCUGGAGUGUCUCUUCAGGUACUACAGCUAUGGUCUUGAGAGGAAGUUCCGGCCAGACAUCUUUAAAGACUUCCAGGAGGAGACCAUAAGGGAUUAUGAAGCAGGUCAGCUGUACGGGCUGGAGAAGUUCUGGGCAUUCCUGAAGUAUUCCAAAGCGAAAAGCCUGGAGAUCGACCCAACACUGCAGGAAUACUUGCGCAAGUUCAAACGCCUGGAAGACUUCAGGGUGGACCCCCCGAUGGAGGAAGGUGCUCGUAAGCGCCACUCCUCCAGUGGUGACACCCGCCGCCGCCACCCCUCUCAGCCCUCUGGCCGGCCCCAUGGCCAGAUGAGCUCUGCCUCCGCCUCCGGAGCUCUACCUGCCAGAGAUGAUGCCAAAAACACCAGCCAACGAUCAACCGUGCCCGACGCCAAGCUACCAAAGUAACCCCAACCCUGCCAGCCUCCACUACUCGCCCUGCACUGUGGGCUCCAGCCGCUAGCGCAAGCAUGAUGUACUGACUGACAAACGGCUUGUGAAUGGAAAAUCUAGGCUCUUCCAUUACUACGUAUUUUUUUUGUUUUGUUUUUUUUAAAACACUUUUACAUCUGAAACCCCAUUUUGUGAGACAGAUCAAGAGACUACUGAAGGGAUAAGAAAUUGUUCCAUUCUUUGUCAUCAUCAUCAUUGUUAUUGUUGUUGUUAUUGUUAGUUGUUAUUGUUAUUGUUAUUAUUAUUAUUAUUAUUAUUGUUCUUGAUUUCUCUUUAUUUCCCCAUGAAGCUUAAUUAAUGAACCUGGCAGUCGCAUCAUCAGUGGCCCUGUAUUUGCUCACUGGCUUUGUCCUUUCCUUCUGACCCUCAAUGAUUGAAAGAUGAGUGAUGCAUUUCUGAAUUAAGAUGGUUUUUCCAUUGGUUGGAAACUUUACCUUUGGAAACAGUUGCAGUUGUCUAGACAGGAAGGGGCAAAACAGAAAAGGUCAACCCUAUCAUAUAUCUGUCUUGACUGGAACUCUUCCCUCUAUGAGCCACUUUGUUGAAAGUUGCCUUAUGUUAAUGGUGUUUCUGUUUAACUUGCGCCGGGCACCUUAACAUUGAUUGUACAGCAUUUAAAACUGCAAGUAUGCAAAACUCCAUCAGUCAAGUCAACAUCCGCCUCCCCGUCGCCACGCCCCUGCCACGCCCGAGCGUUUUCACCCAGCCUUUUGUCUUCCAAGUGUCAUGUGGUCUGUUACAGACGCUUAACCCUUGGUGUAUGUGUGAUUCUUAGUGUUGCAUUGUUCUGUCUCGAGGACUAUGAGCAGUCUUUCAAUCUUUUUUCAUUCAGACCCUUCAAGGACGAAUCAAUAAUCCCGAUUACUUGAAGAGAGAGGCUAUUCCCAUCUCAGUGUGCUACAGGUGCUUCUGGACAUAAUGUGGGACGUGUGCAGACUGCUCAUCAGGACAAAAAACACCUGGAGCUUCCUGUGACUGCGCUGCCACACACCCACGCACAGUGCUGAUCAUGAUGGAGGGAGCAGAUAAAAACCCUUUAAAAAAGCAAAACAAAAGUGCACACAGCUAAUCGUAUUGGUUGACCUGAAGAAUGCCCCAUGCUUUAGUGUGCGCGUGCGAUGGGGUCUGGGCAGACCGCCUGCGUUGGCGCUGCCGGAAGCGAAGUUGGACCCAUGCCCAUCUUCAGCUGUGCAGAAUGGCAUCGCCUCCAGCUGACUACGCCUACCUUCAAACACCCUGGAGCAUGGGGGUACUGCUGCUCAACAAAUUAGAGUUCAGAAGGGGCAAGGUUUUGUUUCAGCAGCUCAGAAAAGAACUGUAUAUUCGCCUUACAUGUGUACGCACUUUUUUUUUUUUUUUUUUUUAAACUGUCCCUGGUAAACUUUUUAAUAAUUUUUUAGGUUAAAUUUUUGCUGUGUUGUAGCUGUGCUUAAAAUAAUGUGUAUAUUUCAGUAUCACAUGACAACAUAACACCUCUGUGGACUUAGCAAGUGGGAACAUGGGUGUAGCACAGGACUGGAAAACCCAAGAGCUGAACUGCAAAAAAGCAUUUAUGCCAUGAGCCAGUUUCAGUGCCAGGUGUAAAUGUAAAAAUUUGUUCCCUCCAUUGUAAAAUAGAUUUUCUGAUUCUGUUAAGUCGACUCAUGGUUAGAGGCUCCUGUGUUGAACUUGAUUCGAUUUCCAGAAGAAUACCAGAUUUUUUUAGUUUUAUCCUUUUAAAAAAAAAAAAAAACUACAUUUAACCACAGUGAUUUAAAAAAGCAGAAUGCAGUUAGAAUUUAGCAUGAGGUGUGUGGUGUUUGUUUUUUUUGUUGUUUUUUUGUUUUUUAAGGGAGCAGUGGUUCAAUUUAAGGAAGGUUUAUUAUUAAUGACAUUACUAUAGAAUCAUUUACAGGCAACAAAAAGCAAAAGAACAAACAAAUCCUGUGUUGCAUUUCCUGACCCUACGCCUGACCAUUACAGUUCCCUGAGCAGAGCUACCAUGCUGGGUCUCUCCCCUCCCCUGCUUGCUGUGGAGCAGAGGCAGUUCCUUCCUGCCACCUGCAGAUUGUAUGAUGGGGCUUGGAGAUUGGCAUGGCCUUCUUGGUGUUGCCAGCGAGUUGGGUGAGGGAGCAUUUUGUCUCUUGCUGUCAUGUUCUGACCGCAUUCGUCAGCGAUGGGCUCGGUGUUGCCGUGGCUAUAGUGAUCACGGCUGCUGGGUCUGAGAACAGGAAGACCAACCUGACAGAACCCAAAAAGCCAUAGAUUUGAAACAGCCGUGUAAGGGUAUUUACAAAAAAAAUGUUAAUAGUUCACUACCAUUAUAGUCUUCUGGGCUCAUAAACAUGAAAAAAGAGAGCAAAAAAACCAACAAAAAAAGGCAACAAAAAAAA